CUGUCUGUCUCUCUCUCCCUCUCUCUGUGGUGCUUUUAAGAGGAAACUUUGUGUUUUGUUCUGCAAGUUCACUUUAGUUCCCGCUCCUCUCUCUUGUACAUUUCACUUCCUCGUGUAUCCUCAGAGUUUGGAGCAGAAGAUGCGCACGCGGAUAAAUGGACCGGUUCGGCUCUGUUCCUUAAAUUCAUCUUAAUUCUUUCAUUUGGAUUUACGUCUCCAAAAGUCUUGGACUAAAGUGAACUUCAUUUCUGCAUCGGAUGGAAUGAUGUGGAGGAUUGUUUGGUUGUGUUGCACUCUGUGCGCUUCGUUACGCGCAUCUGGUGGUGUUGCGUUCGGAGCGUUCUCUACACCUGCCAGCGCGUCUCUGCGCACACCUGCCCACCGGAGCAGCGGCGUCGUGCGUGCUGUGGAUCGGAUUUAUCACGGCGGAGGUAAAGCUGGUUAUCUUUUGUACCUGGACGGCAGGCGUUUUCAGUUGGAUAUGGAACGGGAUGAGUCGUUACUGUCGCGUCACUUCAGUCCCAGCGUGGCCGCGCUGCUGAACGCAAGCCAGGACUCGGCGCCGCUGCGCCUGGAAUGCGCUUACCGCGGAACCGUGAACACAAACGCGGAGUCUCUUGCGGUGUUUAGUUUGUGCGGCGGGGGACUUCAGGGAUUUUUUGCCAUUGAUCACGCGCGGUACACGAUCACACCUCUCAUACGGGCGUCGGGACACGAGAAUGACUUGCGCAUCGUUGAGGAUGCUGACGCGACGCGCGCUCUUCACUAUUACACGCGCGAGCGCUUCACUUUCAAAGCGAUGCCCGAGUUGCACAGCUGCGGCACGCGUGACGGGAAAAGACCAAAGCGCACGCGGGGAUCUCGAGGGAUGCGGGGGAACCUGCAGCUGGAUGAGGAUGCGCGCGGAAGAACUUGGUGGACAAAGUUUAUCAAGUCGGAUGCGAGGCGGACGAUGAGGCGCAAGAGGUCCAUGUCUCGCGCCCGGACCGUGGAGCUCCUGCUGGUCGCGGAUGAUACCAUGACGAAAAAAUACGGGAAGGACCUCCAUCACUACCUGUUGACGCUCGCGUCCAUCGCGUCCAAACUGUACGGUCACGCCAGCAUCGAAAACCCCAUCCGUCUGUCUGUGGUGAAGGUCGUGGUUCUGGCAGAGGGUGAGAAAGGCAUUGAAGUGUCCAAAAACGCCGCCGCAACGCUCAAGAGUUUCUGUAAGUGGCAAAACCAGCAGAACCCGUUAGAUGACGACCACCACCAUCACCAUGACGCGGCCAUCCUCUUCACCAGGCAGGAUCUGUGUGGACAUCAUUCAUGCGACACUCUCGGGAUGGCUGACGUGGGUACCGUGUGUUCUCCAGAGAGGAGCUGUGCCGUCAUCGAGGACGACGGACUUCACGCGGCGUUCACCGUGGCGCACGAAAUCGGGCAUCUGCUGGGUCUGUCUCACGACGACUCGAAGUUCUGCGAAGAACGCUUCGGCUCCACCGAGGAUAAACGUCUCAUGUCGUCAAUCCUGACAUCCAUCGAUGCCUCCAAACCCUGGAGCCGCUGUACGUCGGCCACGAUCACAGACUUCUUCGAUGACGGCAACGCCGAGUGUUUGUUGGAUUCACCUCGCCAACCUCUGUUGGGUCCAGAAGAGCUGCCCGGUCAGAGUUACGAUGCCGCACUUCAGUGUCGUUUAGCUUUCGGACCGGAGUACACCAUGUGUCCGGGCAUGGACGUGUGCGCCCGCCUGUGGUGUUCUGUGAUGAGGAAAGGUCAGAUGGUUUGUCUGACCAAGAAACUCCCAGCUGUUGAAGGUACACCGUGCGGCAAGGGAAGAAUCUGUCUACAGGGGAAAUGUGUGGACAAAACUCGCAAGAAACAUUAUUCGGCGUCUAAUCACGGCAGUUGGAGCUCGUGGGGUUCGUGGGGUUCGUGUUCACGCACUUGUGGCAGCGGUGUCCAGUUUGCACAGCGUCUCUGCAAUAACCCUCCACCGCGAAACAACGGCCGGUACUGCACGGGAAAGAGAGCCGUCUACAGGUCCUGUAACGUCAACCCGUGCCCGCCAACCAAAAAGAGUUUCAGACAGGAACAGUGUGCGCUCCGGGACGGCCCUCAAACGGACCCUAAAGGAGUGAAGACUUUUGUGGAAUGGGUACCAAAAUAUGCAGGAAUUCUGCCGAAAGACGUCUGCAAGUUAACCUGCCGGGCGAAAGGCACAGGAUACUAUGUUGUGUUUUCUCAGAGAGUGAUUGAUGGAACAGAAUGCCGGCCGUACAGCAGCUCGGUUUGUGUUAAAGGAAAGUGUGUCCGUACCGGCUGUGAUGGAAUCGUUGGCUCUAAACUUCAGUUUGAUAAGUGUGGCAUCUGUGGUGGAGAUGAAAACAGCUGUAUCAAAGUGGCUGGAAAUUUCACUAAGAAGAGUAAGGGUUAUACGGAUGUGGUGAAGGUGCCCGAGGGCUCGACACACCUGAAGGUUCGACAGUAUAAACCUAAAGGCCAGACACGUUACACCGCUUACCUCGCCCUGCGUCGGCCCGGUGGAGAAUAUCUUCUGAACGGAAAGUUUAUGAUCUCCACGUCAGAGACGGUCAUUCCCCUCAAUGGCUCCGUCCUCAACUACAGCGGAUGGAGUCAGAGAGACGAGUACCUUCACAGCAUGGGCCCCGGGGCCUUACAGGAAAGCCUGGUGGUGCAGAUACUCGCCACAGACGCUAAGAAGCCGCUAGACAUCCGCUAUAGCUUCUUCAUGCCUCGUAAAAUACCGCUCCCCCCUCGGACGUCACUCGUCGUGUCUUCGGCCACUGCCGCGGCGUUGUCGUCGGAGGAGAUCAUGACGUUUACUACCGAGGUUCCUUCGACGACAGAGCCUCCGUCGACCACGAUCGCAGGACCCCGGUGGGUGACGGGACCGUGGAUGAUGUGCUCUAGAACUUGCGAUACGGGUUGGCAAAGUCGCACGGUGCAAUGCAAAGACCAUCAGGACAAGCUGGCCAAAGGAUGCCCGCUCACCGCCAGACCCUCGGCUUUCAAAAACUGCCUGAAUAAAAAGUGUUGAGGACUUAUGGAUGAAAUAAACUGAGGAACGAUGUUGUUUUCUGGUUGGCCACGUCAGGUGUCCAGCAGAGACAGAUGGAGCACAUAAACCCUAACAUGACUGAACCAUUGCUGGUUCCUUUAGACUGACAGUUGUGUUUGUAUAAAUGCUGUUUCAUGAUCUAAACACAAUCACUGUGGACUCCUGCUAGCGUCCAGAUUUGUGUUGGACGCAGAGCUUUGGCUCAGACCGGUCGCUCGAUGUAGCUCCGCCCCUUUGACAAUCCUGCAACCGUUUUCCUGAAGAGCAGUAUCCAGAUGUUUCAGGUCAUAUGAGCAUCAUUCAUUGUCUCACAGUAAUUCAAGUCAAACUAUAAACUUUUGACUGGAGGAGCAGUACAAGCUGUGUGAAAUAAUGAUUAUGUAAAAGUCGACGAUUCAAGAAUCUAAGAUGAUUAUUCAGGACUUGUAUCUGAAUGUCUUGUGGGUUAUCUGAUAACAUUGUUCAUGUGUGUAUGUAUGUUUGUGUGUGUUUCAUUGCACCCUAUUAGGGUGCAGUGAUUAUUAUUAACCCCAUUUGUGACCCUGGACCACAAAACAAGUCAGAAGGGUCAAUUUUCUGAAAUUGGGAUUUCUACAUUAUCUGAUAGCUGAAUACAUUUGAAAAUCUAAGGGUGCACAAAAAUCUAAAUAUUGAGAAAAUGGCCUUUAAAGUUGUCCAAAUAAAGACCUUAGCAACACAUAUUACUAAUGACAGAUAUAUUUUUGAUAUAUUUACGGUAGAAAAUUUACAAAAUAUCUUCAUGGAACAUGAUCUUACUUUAAAUCCUAAUGAUUUUUGGCAUAAAAGAAAAAUUGAUCAUUUUGACCCUUACAAAGUAUUGUUGGCUAUUUCUACAAGUAUACUCGUGUGAUUAAAGGUUUUGUGGUCCAGGGUCACGUUUACAAAAGCAGUGGCACAAAUACACUGAAAAAAAUGAUUCAUUGAAU